CACGUGGACGUCAUUUAUGCGCGAACUCUGCGUUCAGUCAUUUAAAGCGAAUUCCGUUUCCUUUUCUCUCUUUUCCACACAUUUCACGAAAAAUGUCUUCAGACAACACGUCGUGUACUAUAAGGACGCGGAAGUUCAUGACUAACAGACUUCUGGCGCGACGCCAAAUGGUCGUCGAUGUCCUCCAUCCCGGACGCGCCACUGUCUCGAAGACGGAGUUGCGCGAGAAGUUGGCGCGGAUGUACAAAACCACUCCCGACGUGGUCUUCGCGUUCGGCUAUAAGACAAACUUCGGCGGCGGAAAAACCACUGGAUUUGCGCUCAUUUACGACACUUUGGACUUCGCGAAGAAGUUUGAACCCAAAUAUCGUUUGGUUCGCAACGGACUCUUGACGCGCGAGAAGACGGCCCGAAAGCAGCGCAAAGAGCGGAAGAACCGAAUGAAGAAAGUUCGCGGAACUAAGAAGACGAAAGUGGGCGCCGGCGCCGCCAAAAAGAAAGACUGAAUAAAUGAAUGAAAAAUCGAUUUUUAUUCUGAAUAAACGUUUCUUUAAUUAAAUUGCAUUAAAAUCACGAAAACGACGCC